AUGGUCAAGGGAGUGUCACAGCCUCCUCCAGCCGCCAGGGGGCGGUCACUGCGCUCCUCCAGCCGCCAGGGGGCGGUCAGUGCGCUCCUCCAGCCGCCAGGGGGCGAGGGGGCAGCUCCUCCGGCCGCCAGGGGGCGGUCAGUGCGCUCCUCCAGCCGCCAGGGGGCGGAUAACUCCCUGGUGGUUUGGAAAGAGAUUGACCUGGCUCGGCUUUCAGAGAAGGAGCGGCGAGACACACAGAACGAGAUUCUCAUCCUGUCGGUGUUGCAGCAUCACAAUAUCAUCGCCUAUUACAACCAUUUCCUGGAUGAAAACAAACUCCUGAUUGAGGUGGAGUACUGCAAUGGGGGCAACUUAUAUGAUAAGAUCCUGCAGCAGAGUGGGAAACUAUUUCCUGAGGAGACGGUUGUGUGGUAUUUGUACCAAAUCGUGUCAGCAGUGGCACACAUUCACAGCUAUGGAAUUCUACACAGGGAUAUAAAGACACUGAACAUCUUCCUCACAAAGUCAGACCUGAUCAAGCUGGGUGACUAUGGACUGGCGAAACAGCUAAACUCCCUUCACUCAAUGGCAGAGACUUGUGUCGGGACUCCAUAUUACAUGUCACCAGAACUUUGCCAAGGGGAGAAGUAUAAUUUCAAAUCGGAUAUCUGGGCAGUCGGCUGUGUGCUGUUCGAACUACUGACCCUCACACGCACCUUUGAUGCAACGAAUCCGCUGAAUCUUUGUGUGAAGAUAGUGAAGGGAACGCGUACAAUGGAUGUGGAUCCCACUGUAUAUAGUGAGGCCAUGCGCUCUAUAGUCUUGGAGUGUUUGGACCAGGAUCCAGGGAAGAGACCGACAGCCAAUGACAUCCUGAACCAACCAAUCAUCGACAGCCAGCGUGCGUCAAUGGAGGACAGAGUUACUCAAUUGAAUGGAUCAGCACGUAAAACCAGAUUGAAUACACCUACAGACCCUCCCAUUGCAGUGGUGACUAGUCAGUUCAGCGAUGUUUAUUACUGGGGCGGUGGAAAAGCCACGCCACAGAAACUGGACCUAUUCAAGGGUGGACGCAGUGCACAGCAGGUCUGUGCCAGCAACACACAUUUCGCUGUGAUAUCAGUGGAAAAGGAGCUGUACACCUGGGCGAAUGUUCAGGGCGGGACAAAGAUGGUGGGCCAACUGGGCCAUGGUGACCGGGCCUCCUAUCGUCAACCCAAGUGGGUGGAGAAGCUGCAGGGGAAGGCCAUCCACCAGGCAGCUUGUGGGGAUGAAUUUACUGCCUGUGUUACCGAUGAGGGUCACCUGUAUACAUUUGGCUCUGAUUAUUAUGGCUGUAUUGGCUGUGAUGGUCAGUAUGGACAGGAGGUCCUGGAGCCUGUGCUGGUGGAGUUCUCCCUCGAUCAUGCUGUUGAACACGUAUCCUGUGGUGAUAAUCAUGUUGUUGCAUUAACACGCAAUAAAGAGGUGUUCUCGUGGGGCUGCGGGGAGCAUGGGCGCCUUGGGCUGGAUUCAGAGGAGGAUUACAAAUACCCAGAACGCGUUGAUCUGCCUGUGAGCCUGAGUAUUGUGUCAGUGCAGUGUGGCUCUGAUGGAACUUUCUUCAUGACCCAGAGUGGCAAGGUGCUGGCCUGUGGUAACAACGAGUACAACAAACUGGGCCUGAACCACUACAUGCGAGGUCUUCGCAAACACCCAAUCAAAGCUGAUCAGGAAGUUCCCUACAUGACCUCACUAACUCUGUCCAAGCAGCUGGCCAUUUACAAAAUCAAAACCAUUUCUGCUGGCAAGACCCACACAGCAGCUAUAGACGAGCGAGGCCGCCUGCUAACAUUUGGCUGCAAUAAGUAUGGACAACUUGGAGUGGGAGACUACAAGAAGAGAGAUGGUAUCAAUGUGUUGGUUGGUGCGCUUGGAGGAAAACAAGUGACUAAAGUGUCGUGUGGAGAUGGAUUCACCAUCGCAUCUACCGAUGAUAACCAGAUCUUUGCCUGGGGAAAUGGUGGGAAUGGCCGCCUUGGAAUGACUGCUACAGAGAAAGGCUUUGGUUCUGAAAUUUGCAGUUCUUGGCCUCGGCCUAUUUUUGGCUCCCUUCACAAAGUCUCGGAUCUGUCCUGCCACGGUUGGCACACCAUCCUCAUUGCCGAAAUUGUGGGUGCAUCGAAAACCAUUCGAUCAAACAGCAGUGGCCUGUCUAUUGGAGCUGUUCCACAGGGCUCAACACUCGAGGAUGACUUCAGGAAUGAACAGGAGGAUGAUGGGCAAAACGGGAUGAAAAGAACAGCAGAGGACAGGCGAGGAAUUGGAAUGUUCAACCCACUCAAGUCUACAAGUAAUCUGACUGAGAGCUCCUGUCCCGAGUGGCUCUUACAGGAAUUAGAAAAUGCUGAGUUUAUCCCAAUUCCAGAAAGUCCUAGAGACACGGCCAAGCUGCUAACAUAUUCCUGUCAAGAAACUCUUCCAUAUGAGAAGCUGAAAGAAAUGACGACUGCAGUAAAUCUGCCAAGUGAAUCGGACAAAAGCAAGCUUCCUGUGGCAAAAAGUCCUAUUUCCGAGGAUUGUUCCCACUUAGUGACAUCCCCGUGCCUGUGUAAGGGUAUGCACGGUGAGUUGGGGAGUGUGCAGCAGAUGCUGAAGCAGUGUUUCACUCAACAACAAAAUGAACAGCAAGAGCGGGAGAAACUUGGUGCUGAGAUCCAGAGACUGAGCAAGGAAGUUCAAGCAGUGUUUCAGUUACAAGAAAACCUAACAAAGAAACAGAAAACUAUUGACCAUCUGGAAAAGCAGUUGCAACUUCAGCUGGAGGAGAAUCACAGGCUGUGGUCUGCCAUUGAAGAGUUGAAAACCCGAAGAUUGGACAGUGAUGGGAAAGAGAUGUCAGACUCAGCCAUUCUGAGGGUGAAUCCCACAGUUAUUUCCGCAUCUUGUCUGCAAUCUGCAAGUUCAGACAUGGACUCAAAGCUGGGAGCAGAUUCCAGUUUGGACACUAGUCCUGUAACCACCUCUCCUCCUGGUUCUUUCUGUCAGAUUGAGUAGAGUUUGAAUGGCUGUGCCAUUGAGCACUCACAGCUUUCAUCCACUUCCUCUGGGCUCCACUCAACUGGAAAACUGGCAUGAGCCUUUUGCACCUGCCAGUGUCAGGGAACUUGUGUUGUGUUCCUGCCCCACGCAGAAACUACAGAAAGCAUUGGGUAAAUUAUAGGAAUGGUGUUACGUCAAGGUAACAGUGCUCUGAGUAUUGGAGUAUUUAACACCCGUUGGUUGAAGCAGUUUGACAGUGUGAUUAUAUACAUUGGUAUUGAGAGAAACCAGCAGGGCUGUUGAAACACAUUUGCCUGUUUACUCCAAGUUGCCUACAAGGUGAGUUUGCUUAAGUGUAUAUCUUUCUAAGAAAUGGUCCAUGCCCAUUUGAUUUUAGAUGCUGGGAAUGGAUCAGUUUGUAACUUCCAGUGCCUUAAAGUAGUAGAAUUUAGCCCAGUCCAUGGUACAAUUUAGUGCCUUAUAUCCAAACAGUGUUUAUGAACAUUUUGCACAGAAGUCAUGUCUACAGAGUCUUUGAGUGUAACAGUGAUGAGGGUGAAUGCCUCACCGUAAUCACUCAGUGAACUCUCCGGAUCUCUUCAUUAACUGCAGAGCAGAGGUAGGAAAGGGUCGUGUGUCUCAGCUGCAGGUUCUGAGGCACGAGUUGUACUUACUGAGCUGGAACUGAGUUGGAAGGAGAAAGAACAAAGCAUGAGGCCUAAUGUAAAGAGAAGCUUCUAGAGAGUUGCCGCAAUGCAGUUGGAUUGUGGAAUGGAAGGGUCGAUGUUUAAGGUCUGCUGGGUUUGUGCCAGGCACUGACUGGCAUCCCACCUCAAUCCGUGUUACUGGGUUGGUUUUCCCAGUGCAGAGGGGAUUUCCUGAGUGGAGAGGGAAUACUGGCAGAGCGCCACUGCCUGAACUGUAUCAAGUAGAAAUCCUCUCUCCAUGGAUCUUGCACGCACAAGGUUGAUUUCACUCCUGAAUAUGUAGACUCAUGGGAUCUAGAAAUCAGUCAAGAUGAGAGUGUUGCUGUAAAUGCACAGCAGGUCAGGCAGCAUCCGAGGACCAGGAAAGUCAACGUUUCGGACAGGAGCCCUUUAUCAGGAAGGAUCUAGAAAACAGUCGAAGUGAAUUUCUCAGAUUUAAUACUAACUCAGCAGGCAGGCAGUAUCCAUGGAGCAGAGUUAUCAUUUCAUGUCCAAUGUGACCCUGUACUAUAUUGGACUUGAAAUGAUAACUCUGCUUUCUGUUUUCAGAGAUACUGCCAGUCUUGCUGAGUUUCCCUAGCAAUUUCUGGUUUUGUUGGUUUGUUUCAGAUCUCCAGCAUCCUGAUUCUUUAUUGUUUUCUGGAAUUUGAAGUUGCUGUGUAUUGGAGCUUCCUGGUGCCAUGAUCCAGGGUUUGAGUCAAAUUGUAGGAUUCUAAUAGAGCCAUAUUCUUAUAUAACCUCCAGCUGUAUACACAUGCCUGAACGGACGUUGGUGGGCAUGCUGGGUUAGAAACACCGCUUUGGAUUCUUAGGUUCAGCAGCCAAUUCCAAGUUAGAUAUUGAUGAGACUGUAAGAAGAACAAAUAGAAAAGGUUUGAUGUAUUGGAAUUCUGUAUGUUGGCAGUGAGUGGGAAGAGAUCUGGUUCAGUGGGGAGUGAGUGGGAAGCGGUUUGGUUCAUGGGGAGUG